GUCUGCUCCACAAAAGAGCCACCAAAAUGGCAAAAGCUAGCAAAUGGGACUUUGGAGAGAAAAGGGCUGGAACUGUUUCUUCCCCAAGAGUCAGUUUUAUAAGGGAGAGGCAUGAGCUGUUCUUAAGCAUAUGACCAAAUAAACCAGCAAUAUUCAUUCUAGCUGCAUAGGACAGAACCAGAUAAAUACACUUGCACUUGAACCAGGGGAAGCCUGGCUACACAAAAAGGAAAAAAUGACUUGAAUACAAGCCCACAUUCAAGCCUGUUGCAGGUGGCGCAAAGCCACCCCUGGUAGCCUCUCCAGCUGGAAUGCAGCAGGCAGGGGCUGCCCCCAUGGCCUUCAGUGUCCUGACAGCUGGGAGAGGGUAGGAACAUUCUUUUCAUAUCAUACAAAGAUGCAUACAAUCAACUCCCACUGGCCAACAAUGGAGUCUCUUAUCCCGUCUCCCCAGCACUCUCUGAAUCAUUUUCAAAAUCUGCAACCCAGGAGUAGCUGCCAAGAUCCUCUUUAAUGCAAGAUGUUAAAAAUAGGGGACACUGGCCUUUUGGCCGGAACCACCAUCUUCCAGUAAUUGGCCAAAAUGACGAACACAAAGGGAAAGAGGAGAGGCACUCGAUACAUGUUCUCUAGGCCUUUUAGAAAACAUGGAGUUGUUCCUUUGGCCACGUAUAUGCGAAUCUAUAAGAAAGGUGAUGUUGUGGACAUCAAGGGCACGGGUACUGUUCAAAAAGGAAUGCCCCACAAAUGUUAUCAUGGCAAAACUGGAAGAGUCUACAAUGUUACCCAGCGUGCUGUUGGCAUUGUUGUAAACAAACAAGUUAAGGACAAGAUUCUUGCCAAGACAAUUAAUGUGCAUGUUGAGCACAUCGAGCACUCUAAGAGCCGAGAUAGCUUCCUAAAACGUGUGAAGGAAAAUGGUCAGAAAAAGAAAGAAGCCAAAGAGAAAGGUACCUGGGUUCAGCUGAAGCGCCAGCCUGCUCCACCCAGAGAAGUGCACCGUGUGAGAACCAAUGGGAAGGAGCCCGAGCUGCCAGAACCUAUUCCCUAUGAAUUCAUGGCAUGAUAGGUGGGGAAAAAAAUAAAAGA